AUGGCAGUGAGCUCGAUCAAGAGCUCGAUCGAGCCUGAACAAACGAACUCGAUCGAGCUGGGGACUGAAUGCAAGGAACAAGCUCAAGGAGAUUGGUCUGAGCUCAAGGCACCUAAGGUCGACCUCAAACCUUUGCCUGAGGGCCUCAGGUAUGCAUUUCUGGGUGAAAACUCAACUUACCCUGUCAUUGUGAACUCUGAUUUGGAACCUGAACAGAUUCAUCUAGAGGAUGAAAGUAAGUCUAGCAUUGAACCUCAAAGGAGAUUGAACCCCAAUCUAAAGGAAGUAGUGAAGAAAGAGAUACUCAAGUUGCUUGAUGCUGGGAUAAUCUAUCCCAUCAGUGAUAGCACUUGGAUAUCUCCAGUUCAUUGCGUCCCAAAGAAAGGGGGGAUCACUGUCAUAAAAAUGACAAAGAGGAGCUGA